GAGGAAAGAAAGAGAAAACGAAAGAAAGGAGAGAAAAAAGUUUUUCCAACUUUCAGAAACAUCAUGAAAUCAGUGAUUAACAUGUGUUGGAACAGUUUCACCUUCUUCUGGAUCCAUUCAGAUUCCUCUAGAUUCCAACUUAUCCAGUUAAUUUUUCUACAUCAACUUAUGUGUAAACUAAAUUAUGCUUCAUCUCAUCAUCAUCAUUCAUCUUCAACCUCAUCAACUUCAUCUUCAUCUUCAACCUCAUCUUCAUCUACAUCAACAUCAACCUUUAACCCACCCCACCCUCGAAUUAGCCCCUGUAAUAUACCCUUCUUUUUCCUACCGACCAAAUUAACAAUACAACCACACAUUGAACCUUACGAGAAGGUCUAUCGUCGAGCGAAGGCCAUAAAAGGAUGUGCUGAACGGGUUCGAAAAAACUUUGUUCAAAUGUUAAGUGAUGAAGAUUUUGAAACUGGACUUGAUAACCUCAGGCUAAAUUGGCUUCCCGAGAUCAGUAAUUCAAUUGAAGAUAUAGCAAUAAUUGAGGAGGAAGAUGCUUUUCGUCGGAGUUUCCAAUAUCUACAAUAUUUCGCCAUUGGUUUGGAACAAUUGGUUCUGGAUCAGGCUCUUCAUGAGGGUCAUAUGAUAAAAGAAUUUCGAGAAAUCGAGGAGAAACUAAGUCAAUUGUUAUGUGAAGUUCAACUUGGAAUGUGGUAUCGAAACAUUAAGCCCGAUAAACGGGUUGGAUUCGAGGUGAUGACCAUCGAGUAUCGUGAUAUUGCCGAUGCAUCUCGUCGGAUGAUUAGAGAUUAUCUUUUGUUAAGGGAUUUGAUUAAAUUAACUGAUUAUAUUACCCAAAUUUUUGCGAGUUUAGCUUCACGAUUUUGAAUUAAAUCUACAAAUGUCCACAAAAUACGGAAUAGUAAUCAAUUAACAAUCAACUAUCCUUAAUUAGCAAUGUGAACUAAAAUCGUGACACUUGGAUAAAGUUUAGAUUUUGUCUCUUGAUUUGGUCUUAGUUUUUUGUUCUUGUUUCUUGAUUAGAAUCAUCAACAAUUAAGAUCAAUCAAAAUACUCAUAAAAUGCUAAUUGCUUUGAAAUCGUUAGUUACACAGCUUAAGUUAAUCUGUUAAUCCAGAUUGUUAACUAACAUCUUGUGAUAAUGUGACUUGUUUUCAAUUGGACACCACAAUCAAGCGCAUUCCUAUUGUUAAUUAACUAAUUGUUGAUUAGCUCAAAAAUUAAUUCUCAUUCUCAUUUGUAUUAUUUUCCCAUUCAAUUUUCGCAUAAUCAAUUGAUUGCAUCAUUGUAUCCUCAUCAUAUUCAUUUCACAACCAAUUAGUUAAUUGUAAUUGCUAAACCUUUUUUUUAUACUUUAAUAUCUAAAAAGUUAUACUGAUAAACUAAACUUAUUUCAACAAUUUAUAAAUCACUUAACAAUUAAAUCAUCAUUAGCAGUAAUUGAAUCAAUUAUUGAUACUUAAAUUAUUCAACGACAAAAAGUACACACAAUUUAAAUUACUGAUU